AUGUCGUAUCAAAAUGACGAGAUCUUCCAAACUUUUCCUAACGAAGAAGGAGAUAGUGGGUUCUCGAGUAGUGAUGCUAGCGUUACGAUGCCGCCAUUAAUGUCAACCAGCAGCAGUGAGGCGGAAGAAGACUUGAGACCAGAGGACUAUGGGAAUGGCCAGGGAGAACCACCUACGAACGAUAAAGUGGAAGAAAGGAGAUUUAGAAUCAACAGAUACGACAUGGCUCGACAUCUUAAACGAUUUAGAUUAUCUGGUCGUCGCACUAACGACGUUUGGACAACGAGUACGAAGAUAGAAUCUACUAAUACGAGUGAAACCGAGAAGGGACCAUCACAAUCAAGUACAUCAUUAGCCCAGGGACAACAAGGAAGGUCCCAAGACGAUCAAAUAACGAAAUCAGCGAAUCAGCCAGAGAUAAGUAGUCACAAGCGAGAGCAGGUAGGAAGAUUGUUUUUGUGCGAGACAAGCACAAAUAGAGUGUGCAAGUAG